GGGGAAGGAAAUUGGAGGCACUUUGGCAACCGCCCUCCCUUCUGAAGUCGGCGGCUCACUGACAGCUGGGGGCCCCGAUAAUCCAAGGAACUAAUGAUGCCCACUCAGCAAGAAAGCUCCCGGGGAGCCUCGGUCAGUGAAUACCCAUAUGCAGAGGGCAAGUCUGGGGGGACAGUCAAAGUUUAUCUUCCACACCAGCAGUGGACAGUGGUGAACGUGCGGCCUGGUAUGACAGUUUAUGAUUCUCUGGACAAGGCACUGAAAAUGCGAGGUCUGAGCCAGGAAUGCUGUGCUGUGUAUCGCCUUAUACAGGGCCGGAAAGCCCUGACAGAUUGGGAGACAGAUAUCACACCCCUAGUGGGAGAGGAGCUGAUGGUGGAGGUUCUGGCAGACGUUCCUUUAUCUAUGCACAAUUUUGUCAGAAAAACACAUUUCAACCUCGCGUUUUGUGACUUCUGCCUUAAAUUUCUGUUCCAUGGCUUUCGCUGUCAGACAUGUGGCUACAAGUUUCACCAGCACUGCAGCAGUAAGGUGCCCACAGCCUGCGUGGAUAUGGCCAAACUCCCAAAGCCUCUGACGCCACUGAGUUAUCAAGACUUCCAGUCAUAUUAUGAUCAUCCCCCCGUCCACACACCCCUCAGUCCCCAGCCGCCCAGCCCCCGGACACAGCACCCUGGAUCCGCAUCCUUUUCAUUUCCUGUCGAGGGACAGCCACUGCAGCGGCAUCGCUCCACCUCCACCCCCAACGUUCAUAUUGACAGCACCACUGGCCCUGUGGAUAACUCCAUCAUCGAGGAGGCGCUGAGAAGUGCUGCAUUAACACCUGUUGAUGGCCCCCCCAAGAGUGCCCAGCCUCUUGGCAGUAAAUCGCCUCAAACAAAGUCGGCCUCUGAGCCAGCGCGAGAGAGGAAGGCGUCUGCGUCUGAUGAAAAGAAGAAAGUGAAACAGCUUGGUUACCGCGACUCCAGUUAUUACUGGGAGGUGAAUUCCAGUGAGGUGAUUAUCCUAAAGCGCAUUGGCACAGGCUCGUUUGGCACUGUGUACCGAGGUAAAUGGCAUGGAGAUGUGGCUGUGAAGAUCCUAAAAGUGACCAAUCCCACGUCAGAGCAGAUUCAGGCUUUUAAGAACGAAAUGCAGGUUCUCAGAAAGACCCGGCAUGUCAAUAUUCUGCUGUUUAUGGGCUUCAUGACUCGUCCUCAGUUUGCCAUCAUUACCCAAUGGUGCGAGGGAAGCAGUUUGUACCGGCACUUGCAUGUCAUUGAGACGCGCUUUGAUAUUUUCCAGCUGAUCGACAUUGCCCGACAAACAGCACAAGGCAUGGACUAUCUCCAUGCCAAGAAUAUUAUCCACCGGGACCUGAAGUCAAACAACAUCUUCCUGCAUGAGGGCCUGACAGUGAAGAUCGGUGACUUUGGCUUGGCCACAGUAAAGAGCCGGUGGAGUGGAUCUCAGCAGGUGGAGCAGCCUAGCGGAUCUAUUCUCUGGAUGGCUCCAGAGGUGAUCAGGAUGCAGGAGAGCAGUCCCUACAGCUUCCAGUCAGAUGUAUAUGCCUACGGGGUGGUUCUGUAUGAACUCAUGGCUGCAGUGUUACCCUAUGCUAAUAUCAACAACAGAGAUCAGAUCAUAUUUAUGGUAGGACGUGGUUACCUCACUCCUGACCUCAGCAAGGUGUCCAACAACUGUCCCAAGGCAAUGAAGAGGCUUAUUGUAGAUUGCCAGAAAUUCAAGAGAGAGGAGAGGCCCCUUUUCCCACAGAUCCUCUCCUCCAUUGAGCUACUGCAGCGAGCGCUGCCUAAAAUUGAGCGCAGUGCGUCCGAACCUUCCCUGCAUCGCGUCGUUAACUCAGAGGACCUCAACCCCUUCCGACUUGUGCCUCAGUGAUGGCCGCUCCUAUCUGCUGGGUUGUUAUGGGGGGGGGGCCCUCUCCCUGCCAACUGCUCACCUGUCACCUGUACACCACCCAGGGUGCAGACAUUUCUUGGGACAUGUCUACCAGGUGCCUCAUAUAGGAAAGAGGGAAUUGUAAACUGUUUGUGGGUGUCAGGAUUGUGUUUCUUCUGCUUUAUACUGUGUCCCACUGGCCCGUGCUCGGCUGUGGUGUCUAACUGUGACUUUAUCUCAGCUCUGCAAGGACAUAAAGGAUUCCUCCAUUGGAUAACUGAGUAUCAACUGAAUCCUUGAGAGUCUACCAGAAUGCUAGAACUUGCCUAUUGGGCCUAUGAAGGGAACUUGCCUAUUGGGUCAUUGUAAUGAUAUCGGGUGCACAGGCAGGCCAAAAAGAAACAGACUGCUCAAAAUGCUAUAGGACUUGGCCCACCCAUAUCAAGUGACCAGGACCCCUUCCAGUGCCAAGUGCAAUACUGUAGAUCAGGGCAGUGUAGCUGGAAGUCUGCAGACUGAACUUUUUGCCCCCUCCCCAGUCUACCAAAGGGGGUUCACAGACUACUUAGUAUAUCCUUUGCCGCCCAACAUAGGGUACAAAGGAGAAUCCGCCAACUAUUGGACAGCACUGCUGUAUGUAAUGAUAGGAACAGUUUCAGGGCAGCACAGGUUUAAGGAGUUGGAACCUCUGCUGUUUGAAUUCUGGCCACACACUUUAAAGGACAGUUGCCCUUCAAUUCUGCAGCUUGUGAGCUCUUUGCCUGCACAUAUCUCUGUACGGAUGUAGGCCACGUGCCUAGAAGGCUAUUGGCACCCUGGCAACGGGUAUGUUGGUCUGCAUGGAGUUUAACUCCGAGUAGAACUAGUCUUUCCCCACCUAUGGCAUAACAGGAGGGUUGGGGGAAGAUGGCCUUAUUGUCCCAAUAGUGUGUGCAGUUGAAUGAGGUGCCUUUAGAACAAAUAAGUGUUUGUCUUCUCAUGAUCUGAUUCUGGUGCCGGAUGUGCUGUCUAUGCUUCCCACUCUCGAGCCAAUGUUUUCCCCAAUUCAAUCCCUUGUUGUUGCCAUAUUUGAUUGUGAGCUCUCCGAUACAGCCCCCUGCCUUGGCUCCUAACGAACCAGGAAUGCAGCGCACUUUGACACACAAAAUUUCUACGGAUAUUUCUUAGAGACAUUUAUUCUGCAGGGGAGGAAAAUAUUGUUGUAAGAGGCAUCCAUCAUCUCCUGUCACAUGCAGCUAUUUAUUGCUUGCAAUGAAACGUGCCUCAGCAGGACUCACUUGACACUGCUGCCCCGCAUACGGAACAUUUCUUUCUUCUCUGCCAAUCGGGAGGCCCAACCUGGAUUUUAUACUCAACAAACCUCAUUAGAUCAUUGCGACUCGUAUGGUGAAGGAAAUAGGUGGGAAAUUGCAUUUGAAUAUAAGGAUGUGUAAUAUAUAGUUUUAAAUAAAGAUAUGUUUGGUGUAAUCAU